CCCGGCGCGCGCGCGCGCCCGUGGAAUCCCCGCCGGCGCUCCGCCGCCGGAGAUGGUGGGGCCGCCGCCGCCCGAUCACGACGCGGAGCGCCUGCUCCUGCCGCAGCCGGACGGCGCCGACCGGUCGUGGCGGCUCAACUUCGACGUUCUCCAGUUCUCGCCGGAGCGCACGGGGGGCGAGAGGAAACGGGCCGGCGGCCGCCUACACGGCUGUUGCCUCGGGGUUUUAGGUCCUGAAGAUAAUGUGGCCGAGUACUAUCAACAGCAGGUAGAAAUGCUUGAGGGAUUUAAUGAAAUGGAUGCCCUAGCGGAGCGUGGUUUCGUUCCUGGAAUGUCAAAGGAAGAGCGUGAGAAGUUGGCUAAAAGCGAAACAUUUGCCAUCAGAAUAUCAAAUGUUGCAAACAUGUUUCUUUUUGCUGCUAAAGUUUAUGCAUCUAUUCGAAGUGGUUCAUUAGCCAUAAUUGCUUCCACACUGGACUCUCUUCUCGAUCUUUUGUCCGGAUUUAUCUUGUGGUUCACUGCAUUCUCCAUGCAAACGCCUAACCCUUAUCAUUAUCCCAUAGGAAAGAAACGUAUGCAACCAUUGGGUAUUCUUGUUUUUGCUUCUGUUAUGGCAACAUUGGGUUUGCAGAUAAUUCUGGAGUCAGCGCGCCAGCUUCUGUCUGAUGAAGCUGAAUUCCAUUUAACAAAAGAGCAAGAGAAAUGGGUUGUGGGCAUUAUGCUGUCAGUUACCCUGGUUAAACUGUUACUGGUUGUCUAUUGCCGAUCUUUCACUAAUGAGAUUGUCAAAGCUUAUGCCCAGGAUCACUUUUUUGAUGUCAUCACUAAUGUCAUUGGCUUGAUUGCUGCACUGCUUGCUAAUUAUUUUGAUGACUGGAUGGACCCUGUUGGGGCUAUUAUCCUGGCCUUGUACACCAUCCGGACGUGGUCCAUGACGGUGUUGGAAAACGUGAACUCCCUCGUGGGGAGAGCUGCUGCUCCAGAGUUUCUGCAGAAGCUCACUUAUCUCUGUUGGAACCAUAACAAGGCGAUCAAAAACAUCGACACCGUCCGGGCUUACACUUUCGGAUCGCACUACUUUGUCGAGGUCGACAUCGUUCUGCCCGCCGACAUGCCCUUGCAAGAGGCUCACGACAUCGGGGAAUCCUUGCAGGAAAAGCUGGAGCUCCUUCCCGAGAUCGAGCGCGCAUUUGUACAUCUCGACUACGAGUACUCUCACAAGCCAGAGCAUGCGCAAGCACACUCGUAGCAGCAUCCCCUGUAUCUAUGGAUAACUUUUAACUUUUUACAUGACGAGUAACUGCCACGUCUUAUGAAACACGAUUUCGCUGUUGGAAGAAAAACAGUGGGCACUAAUGCUAUAAGAUGUAUUAUUAAUGCUGGGGCAUAUGUUUGCAUUCG